CUUCGUUAUUUGCGUGUCGUUCGAGCCUCGAAAAAAUUCAAGUGAAAGAAAAAGUAUUCAUUGAUAAAAAUCUAAAUAAAAUUUUUUAUUUAUAAUAGUAAAUAAAAAUUAUUUUUAUAAUUUAAACGAAGAUUAAUUUUAUCCACAAUUUUUUCAGAUAACCAUGGAGUGGAAGAUAUUACUGUGGAUAGUUUUCUUCACAGGACUGUCAUCUUCAAAACCUCGACAAAACACUAUAGAUCCACAAUUACUUCUUGAAAUAUUCGGUACGCCACCACCAAGUGUAGCUAAAUCAACCACAACAACAAGUCGCCCGUUUACGAAAUUCGACACCAGUGGUUUAGAGGCUUUAAUUGAUGAAGUUUUUGGCACAACAACUGAAGAAAUUAAACAUGAUGAAAAAUCACCAAAUAUUCCCGGUAAAAUUAACGAUUCGGAAAAUGAAGAUUGUGAAUGUGUUAGUUAUUAUCUCUGUUCAAACGGUACUAUUAUUGAAGAUGGUGUUGGAUUAAUUGACAUCAGACUUGGAGGAACUACUUGUGAAAAUUAUUUGGACGUUUGUUGCAAACAUUCAGAUAUUUUGGAACGUGAUAAACGUCGCUUACCAGUAGCAUCGAAGCGUGAAGGAUGCGGGCACCGUCAUUUCAAUGGCGUAGGUUUUAGAAUAACCGGUCACUCUGACAAUGAAGCUCAGUUUGGGGAAUUCCCUUGGAUGGUUGCAGUUUUACGUACAGAAGGAAACUCAUCAAAUCAACAAGGCGAAAAAAUAAAUCAUUUUCAAUGUGGGGGUUCUCUGAUUCAUCCACAAGCAGUUUUGACUGCCGCUCAUUGCGUUAAAGGACGGGACUUUUGGGAGUUGAUAGUAAGAGCAGGUGAAUGGGAUACUCAGACUCGAAGUGAACCACUUCCACAUCAAAAUCGAGAUGUUUCGAGAAUUAUCAUUCAUCCCAAUUUUAAAUCUGGUAAUUUGCAUAAUGACUUUGCAAUAUUAAUUUUGUCAAAACCUGUAGAAUAUGCCGAGAAUGUUGAUAUUGUCUGUCUGCCGGAUAAAUAUGACGUCUUUGAUAACGCAAGAUGUGCUGCCAGUGGUUGGGGAAAAGAUGUUUUUGGUAAAGAAGGGCAUUACCAAGUUAUACUCAAACGCGUUGAAGUGCCAGUAGUCAAUCACGGAGCAUGUCAAAAUUCUCUACGCUCUACUCGGCUCGGAAAAUACUUUAGAUUGGACAAUAGUUUUAUCUGCGCUGGAGGCGAGCUUGGAAAAGAUACAUGCAAGGGUGAUGGAGGAAGUCCGCUAGUGUGUCCUCUCCGUAAUGAUCCAACUCGUUAUUCACAAGCUGGAAUCGUUUCUUGGGGCAUCGGCUGUGGUGAAGACGGAGUUCCUGGUGUUUAUGCUAAUGUUGCUCAUGCACGCGAAUGGAUUGAUCAACAAUUAGCACAAGUUUUUACUAAACUUUAAUUUCAUUCAUCAAUGUAAAAAAAAAAUAUAUAUAUAAAUCAGAAUUAUAUAUCAAUGUUA